AUGCUGGCCUCCAUCCACGGGGCUCUUCAUAUAGCGGCCUUGCGCGGAGAUUUGCCAUCGGCAGAGUUCCUCCUAUCGAUUGAGCUCAACGCGAAUACUCAGGAUAUGCAGAACGGCGCCCACACAACGUCCAAAGAUUGCAGCACUAUCACGCCUCUCCAUAAGGAAGUCCAAUUGAAGAACAGUACCGGGGUUAUCCAGGUGGUAUUGAGACAAGGGGCUCAGAAGAUGCUCCCGAAUGAUGCUGGGAUUGAGAUCUACCUAGCCACCAAGGAUGGAACAACCGCGCUCCUCGUUGCCGCCGAAUGUGGAUCUGGAGAGGUAUUCGAGAUGCUCCUCGGGUACUACGAUAAAACGGAUAAAUUGGAGUGA